AUCAUUCUAGUGGGCGGGAUGUCUCGCGGCGGGAGCGGAGCCGGAAAGACGGCGACCGCGAAGCGCGUGCCCCCGCCAGCAGUCCCCGGAGAUGCCUUCGGUACCCCACAGCACCGACACUCGGGCUCCAGCUUCGGGUCACAGGGGUACGCCUCCUGCGAGGAACAGCCGUACCCUCAACCACCAGAUACGCCGUCACAUACUAGAGAUGACCACUCAGACUAUGGUAGCACGGUGUCCGGUGUCUCCGGCGUGUCAGGGGCGAGUGGAAGCCUCGGCAAGAGUCCGGCAGGUGGCGGCACGUUCACAUUCCCGCCGCCCGCUCAGCCACUCACACAUAAAGCAGCAGUCUACUACCAUCACCAGCUAGCACUUAGCGAUGACCAGGGGAUUGAUAUGACACAGAGUCCAGGCCGUGACAGUCCAGGUUCGUCAUCAGGUUCUGCCGGUUCAGGGUCCCGUCACUCCUCAGCGUCAUUAGACAGCGGACGCGCGUCAGGUCGUAUGCCGCAUCACCACCAUGCUGCCUGCCACUGUGGGGACCUCGCUGACAGAGUGCGAGCUAUGAUCGCUCAGGGGUUGCCGGAUACAGACAUAAUCCACGCGUGCCUAGCAGACCUUCAAAUGGAGGAGUACGCUCGUCUCUUCAUAGAAGCUGGUUACGACCUGCCAACAGUAACAAGAAUGACGCCCGAAGACCUAACAGCCGUCGGAAUUAAAAAGCCCAACCAUCGUAAGCGGUUAAAGGCUGAACUCGCCAAUUUAAAUGUGCCGGAUAACCUCCCUGAUUAUAUACCGGGUUCCCUAGAAGAAUGGCUGCGAUUACUUCGACUCGAAGAGUACGGACCCGCAUUAGUAGCCCAGGGUUACCGCACCGUACAUGACGUCACACAGCUAGCUUGGGAGGAUCUAGAAGACAUGGGCAUUGUCCGUCUGGGCCACCAAAAGAAAAUUCUUCUUGCCAUCAAAAGAGUGAAAGACAUUAGAGCAGGAAAGAGAAGCAUUAGCAACCAAGGGUCGUUGGACUUUACGAGAAUACAACCGGGCCAGGAUUUAUAUCCGAGGGAGCUACAUUACCAGCCUUGGGAGAGACAACGGAGUUACCAUAAACCCCCCGACCUAAACUUUGACGCCAUACCGACGCCCCUUUGUGGCACAGAUUUGGUCCCUAUUCAGAUACGUCAUCCGCGCGGAAAAUCACUAGAGAGUCUAGAGGAUCCUUCAGAGAGAGCAUCACACACGACGUUUUCACCGGAGGCCGGGUUCUACUACGGCGGGGGCCAGUGGCGGCGCUCGUAUGACGACGGGGACAUCACGCCCACUAAUGACUCGUACGAGGGAGGCGGGACUCUGCCCCGGCCGCGAGGGCUCGUGCGGCCGCGUCCCGUGGCCAAGAUAGCUGCUACUCCCGCGUACCGCGACAAGUCGCCCGACUACGCGUAUGACGAGCGCGCGUACUCAGCGCGACUGCAACGCGUCGCUUACGGCGCCAGCCCGCACGUCGCACGCAAGCCACCACCAGAGCCGCCCAAGCGCCAAAGCUCUCAAUACGCUCCCUUCUCGCGUUUCGGCCAGACGACUGUAGAGAUCCACCCUGAGAAGAGUCUGCCACUAUCUCUCCCAGCGUACCCGAGCUCGGACUCCCUGUCUGUGUCGCUGGACAGUACCGGCCUGCUGCCGCCGCCGCCCGCGCCCGCCAGCCCGCCGCGCCGGUACGAUGACGACAAACUACGCACCGGCUCUGAUGCUAGCUUUAAGUCAAGCUCCAGUACAGAAUCGGAUAGCAUUCCGUUUGCGAAUGAAAACGCUGGGACCAUAAAGCAAAACCGCGGUCAGAUCGGAGGUCGGCCGCAUACCGGGGACUACGGCCGCACUGGGAUGGGGCUGGCCAGCCUGCCGCCGCGGGGCAACGACAUCAAGCCCACCACCCCGCAUGCACUGCCCGAGCACAAAGACGAGAAGAGCUCGGAGCCAGUCGACGUACUCAACGACAUCGGCAACAUGUUAGCCAACCUCACGGACGAACUCGACGCCAUGCUGGAAGAAGAAAAGCGCCAAGGACUCACAGAUUCCUAAAACCCACAGACUAUACAAAAUAAUUUGUACUCGAAUACAUUGAAAACUUGUCAAAACUUCCAAAGAAUUGGACAUCGGCAAAGACUUCCACUAAUUUAAUGUUUAUGCUGACAACUUUUGAUGACGCAAGCAGCUAUAUUAUAGGCAUCUACAUUAUUUUAGAAGUGUAGCAAUAUUAAAGCAAUUUUAUGUGUAUUGCGUCUUUAUGAUUGUGAAUUCUGAAUAGGGAACUAAACGUUGAUGGGUUAAGUGUUUUAUUGAAAGCGAUUGAAUUCAGAAAGUUAGGGUUUUUAUACAAUAUACAAAACUAAACAGAGCUGUGUAAGCAUUUCUUCCAUUGCAUAAUUAUAUUUACCUCUAUUUCAAAGGACUGAGUAAAGUAGAAUGUGAUGUUAAUUCGACUUUCGAAGUCUGGAGUUGGAGUCCUCCAUUUUGUAAUGUGACAAAACUUUUUGUACAAGUUGCUUCAGUCAGUACGUGACCAUUCCAAUUCCGCGCUGAGCUCGCUACUGCACGAAGCCACGACUAGCAGAUAGUAAUGUCACUUGCCACCAAACUAUUCCUACACGACAAACAGAUGAUAUACAUACGUACUAUAUAAUAGUUUUGUAGCAUUUUGUACCGACGUAGUACAUUUUAUACAUACUUGUAAUCUAAACGUAUAGUUCGCUACGUGCCCUCUGUUAUAUCCAUUUAGUGAGCUGUGUAUUUUUGUUAUUACAAAUAAUUAGUUCCUUGUAAUAUUAACAAAUUGAGUGUUUUAUUGGGAUAGGAAAGAAAUUAGAUGUUAGACGGAUCCAAAAAACAGACAAAAAUGGCUAUUUUUGUAAAUAUUGUUUUUACUUAAAUUAUGUCAUAGAUAAAAUAUAUCCCAGUAGUUAGUUUUUCAUGUACAAUAAUUGUAGAGUAUUUGAUUAUGAUGUAGAGAUUAAUGUAGCUAGAAUUUAUACAAAACGUUAGUCUAGUGAUAGUGUGAAAAAUUAGGGUUUACAUAUUAAUGUAUUAUAGACAAAUAUAAAGUUAGCUAUAGCCCUCAUAGACCUUGUAUGUUAACAAUCUUGUAACGCAUUAAGGACAUGGCGUUCGCCCCAUCAUUGGAAACAAAGACAAAGUUAUGCUUCCCUCUUUAUAUAGUCUAUACCUCCAUCUAAACGCUUGGCAACACUGCUUGCAUCGGAUUGCAGACGCCCUCGCUAAAAUGUUUAUGGUGUUACUGAAUUACAUUAAAACUGAACAUUUCGUACUUUUAUAUCUGAAUACAAAUAAAAUUGAUUCUUUAAUUUAUUCUACACAUUUCAACGCAUGUCCAGUCCAGAUGUGAUAAUAAAGCGGCCAUAAUUAAACAGUUAAUAUUUUGUUAUGGCAAUGUUAAGUAAAAUGAUCUGUUCAAAAAGUACAGCAACAUUUUAUAUAUUUAACAAUAAAACGUUUUUUAAUUUAAAACGAGGAAGGGUUUGAUAUUCAUUUAUAAUAUAAUCAGUCAAAUGGAAAAUAUAUCGUAUAAUUAUUUAAUUAACGAUUCUAACUCGUUUUUUAUAUUCAAAAUGAUAUUUACUUAUAAUGCUAUAAAAUUUUACCUAACAUUGUUUACAAAAUAACAAUAACAAAAUAAACGAAACAUACAAUUUUCUUUACUAACACCGUGAAUGUAAUUAAAGAAUAACAUCUUAAUAUAAUUAGAACCAUAUACUUAAGCUUACCUUUGUAAAUAUAUAGAAAUAUGUGUUUCUAUACAGUCUUAUUUGAUAUUCACUCGAAAAGUAAACAUUUUGUAUACCUACCUAUGUAAUAAUAAAGAACAGUUUUCCUUGACCACUCGCGUUUUGUAAGGUGCUAGACGAAUUAAAAAAAAAAUGUGUACCAUCGCGUUAUACUUUAGUUGUUCUAUGAGCUAGUCAAAAUUUAUUUCAUUUCGAGUGGCAACAAAGCAAUAUCUUCAUGCAAUCGUUCGUUACUUGUAUUUAAUCUGUAUUGAUUGUUUAAAAUGUAAUUUAAUAUUAUUGAGCAGCUUAUGAUCCUCAUUUAGUUCGUUUCUUAUUUCAAUAAAUAUAUUUGUAAUAUCUAUUUUCCGUGUGUUUAUUUACCUGUGUAAAUC